AACUUCCUGCUCGGUCAAAAAUCUCGAGCAGACUGUGAUCAGUAUCGCAGCACUGAAAAGUGAGAGAAGAUCGCAUUCUUUUGGCGCCACUUCCGUGCAUCACGUGAUAAUCUCCGGUACGAACGAUCAGCAAACCCCCAAAGCAAAUCAGUUGCGCCUCUGAGACGGGAAUUCUUGGAUGCGUACUACUUCUGUGCAAAGUAUCCGCUGGUACGUGGAUCUCAUUGGGAGUGCCGUCGGUGAGCAAGAAGAAAAAAAAAAAGAGGAAGAGAGAAAAUGUGUCAUGAGAAGGUGCCACAGAACAUCCCGGAAUUGAAUGUGGAAGAGCCGGUGCUUUUCUACCAUUCCCAGAGCUUCUACUCCCAGAAAGUACUUCUCGUGCUGUACGAGAAGAAUAUCAACUUCCUUGCGUAUGAGGUGAAUGUGGCUGCCGGUGAGCAGUACACACCGUGGUUCCUUGACCUCAAUCCCAAGGGCGAGGUACCCGUACUCAAAAUUGGAUCACUCGUCGUCCCAGAAUCGGCACAAAUCAUCAACUAUGUGGAAAGGAAUUUUCAGCAGGAGCCCCAUAGGCGUCUCCUGCCGCGUGAUCUCAUGCCGCAGCAGGAAAAGAAGAUUCUCAGGCUGAGUAAUUUGAUUAGUAAACUCCCCAUUGGUACAAUCAGUAUGGGUAGCUUCAUUCAUGCAGACUUUUCACCAAAUCCCAAACCACCCUUCAUUGCUCCCGUGAGAAGGGCACUUGUCACUUCAGAUCGUGUCAUGAGUAAUCAAUUGAAAUGCUACGCCAAAGAUAAUCCAAUCUAUGCUGAGGUACUCCUCCGGAAAUCCGAUUUCUACGCCCGGAAGCGCGAUAUUAUUUGCAAACGCGACGACUACGUGAAGCUCUUGGGGCGCCUUGAGGAGAUCCUUGAGGAAAUUGAGAAUGAAUUGCGAUCCCAUGGCAAUGCAGAUUGGUGGUUGUGCUCAAGUCACUUCACCCUCGCAGAUUGCUGCCUUGGGAUCCUGCUCUAUCGCCUCUACGCCCUUGGCCUAGAGGACUAUCUGUGGGGGAAGAGACCACACAUAGGGGCAUACUUUGCGCGCCUCUAUGCCCGUGAAUCCUUUCUCCGUGCCAUUCCAUCGCGUAUCUCAACCCUCAGGACAAUGUGGAAUAAGACCCCAGCUAAUUACAAGCUGGGUGUUGGUCUUCUCAGUGCUUCAUCUGUCAUUGCAGCCGUUCUGGCUAUGAGGAAGUAAUGAUCCUUUUCUUUUUACCAAGAAACACAAAGAUUAUGAAGGAUACGAAGUCACAAAGUAAAGAAGCUUCAUCCAGAAUUGAGCUGCCAAGAAACAAAGUUUCUCCGGAAGUAAAUAAGAUAAAAAGUCCUCGUCUUCCUUAUUUUCAACCCUUUAUUCGCAUAAAAAUUUAUUUACAGUCGCAACAAAAAAAAAAACACAACAAAAUGAAAGAACACAACAUUCCAGAAUUAUAAUAAUAGAAAUUAUAAAUUAAAAUGAGUUUGAGGAAAGAAAA